UUUAAAUUGAUUAAUUUUUUUUUUAUUAUGAAAUAUAAAAAAAAAAAUGAGAUAAAAAAAUAUUUCGGGAUUAAAUAUCAUUAGUAAAACUUGACUUUUACAAGCAAUCAAUCGAAAAAAAAAAUGGCUAUUGAUAUGGAACACGAAAAAGCAUACUCACCCAGCUCCUGGAGCAAAAGAUUUGAUAGUACAGAGUUGCUAUCAUAUUUCAAUGAUUAUGCUGUAAAAGUUACAAAUGAUUGUAGAAAAAAAAUUGCUUGUAAAUUAGAUGUACCAUAUGGUUCAACUGAUAACACCAAAUAUGAUAUUUAUGGAAUAAAUCUUUCGAAUGAUGUUCCAGUAUUUAUUUUUAUUCAUGGUGGUUAUUGGCAAGAAUGUAGCAAACAAUAUUCUGGUUUUCAUAUUGAAACACUUGUUUCAAAAGGCAUCAAGGUAUUCAAUAUUGGCUAUGAUCUUUGUCCAACAGUAACACUCAGUGAUAUUGUAGCAGAAAUAAAAUUAGCAAUUGAAAAAAUUGUUAAAUUAUGUUAUGCUCAAGGAACCAAGACUAUUUGGAUUGGUGGACAUAGUGCUGGUGCUCAUUUAGCAGCAUGUAUACUUUAUGAUUCAGAAUGGCAAUCAGAAAUGGCUCAAGAGAAUUGUUUAAAAUUAAUAAAAGGUAUUAUCCUUAUUGGUGGUAUUUAUAGUCUUGAACCACUUUUAACAACAAGCUAUAAUAUACCACUUAAAUUAACGAAAAAAGAAAUUGAAACAUUAAGUUUUAAUCAUGUUAAUGUAAAAUAUCCAAUUUUACUUAAUAAUAUUAAGGCAUUAAUUGUUGUUGGAGAAUGUGAUGCUCCAAAAUUCAUUGAAGAAUCAAAAAAUUAUUCAAAGAAACUCAUUGAUAUGGUGGAUCAAGUAGAAUUUAUUUUAUAUAGAAAUAAUACUGAUCACUUUGAUAUAAUGGAAAAACUUAUGGAUCCAACAAAUGGUUUAUCAAAAAAAAUUAUUACAAAUAUUUUACAAUAA